AUGGUCUACACAAUCACAGUGCACCUCUACGCGAACGACCACCCGGACUCGAUCGACCGUAUCAAGGCCAAGCUGAUCGAGGCAUCCCGCGUCUACGUCAAUGACCGCGAGACGGUCAACUGGUUCGUCAUGCAGGACGUCCACGACCCCCGCGCCUUCACCAUUGUCGAGCGCUUCGAGCAGGAGAGCAGCCAAAAGUACCAUCUCGAGAACCCGUACUGGAAGACAUUCGACCCAUAUGUGAAGCCUCUCCUGGAGCGUCCCAUGGAUCUUAGGCGGCACGAGGAGCUCGACACCACCAAGGACGUAGUCGUUCCACAGUGA